GGUCGGCGUGCAGCCUCUAGAUGCUCUCAGUCUGCCACUGAAGGCGUUGGAAAAAGGACGACUACUUACUUUUUCCUUUAAUACAGGUGCAUACUUCGUUUGCUGUGUGAUAUUGCUCUAUCUAUCAAACAUUAUAUCACGAUUCAGAUGGGAUAGUGUGCAUAUACUUAAAGAAAAAAAUAUUUUAAAUGUGGACCACGUGAUGGAGUUGUUGCUAUUUAUCGUUUUCGGUUUAUAAAAACUGGAAAGAUAAAUUUCUGAUUAAGUAAUGAUGGAUAUGGGAAGUGUGCUAAUUCAGUUAUUAAUAUUAACUACUCACAGAGUUUUAUGUGCGAGCAGCGCGACAGAAAUUCAAAACGGACCAACAUUCAUUAACGAACCACCAAGCCAUGUAGAUUUUCAUAAUACUACUGGCACUGUGAUUUCGUGUUCGGCUCAAGGUACACCGACUCCAUUAGUAUUUUGGACAUCGCAAGAUGGUACUCCAUUAAGAGAAAUACCCGGGUUACGUCAUGUGAGACCUGACGGUUCAUUGGUUUUUCCACCAUUUAGAGCGGAAGAUUACAGACAAGACGUACACGAUGAUAUAUAUAGAUGUGUGGCAUCGAACAGCGUUGGCAACAUUUUCAGCAGAGAAGUACAAGUAAGGGCAGGUAUGUAAAUAA